AUGAAUGGAGGAAGCGACAACAAGAUGCCCAUCGAGCGCAGGGCUUCGAUGCGGACAUCCAUGAGGUUAUCUAUAUCACCUGGCGAAGAUGACGACUAUGACAUGCAAAUGAUGGGAAUUUCAGACGGAUUCCGUCCAACAAACAUGACACAGCCACCUCAACAGCCAUUACCAAAUCCGCCAAUUCCGUUGCAACCAACUCCAUCAACGAAGUCUGUACAGAAGCCCAGGCCCUCGAGUAUAGCAAAGCCGCCACAGCCUCGUGAAUCGUUCUCCUUACGGCACGAUGGUGGCAUGGGAUCCUUGGCCGACUCGGUGGUUGCCGGCUCAUCUAGUAAUGUAGCACAAACGGUUGCUAGAGCAGAGAGCCCUUACCAAGGACCCUCGGGACCGUCAUUUCCAUAUCAGAUGUAUACCCAGGAUGUGAGACCUCAGCGUACAAACAGUCUGGCGACCACGGUGACCGUACCGGCUACGGAGAGAUCGUACAAUGGCCCAAAUAACCCGACACAUCCGUAUCAAAUGUACCCACAGAACACGGCUGCAGCCUCGGACGUGCCGGAGGGAAGAGCAUCCCCGGUAAUUCCAGUCGGGUUUACAGGAGCAGUAGACAAUUAUCAAAGGAGACUCGGACCCGAAGGAGAGGAGGCUGGCGAUAUGAUUGGACCCGACGGACAUACAGAGCAACUACCGCCAUAUACCCGGUAUCCUGACGAGGCAUACCAGAGGAAAAUUGCUGGAAUCGGUGGAAUGCCAGCAAUGGAGCCAUCGGCUGGGGCCUCGUCGGCGUCGCAAGCAGCGCUGGCAGUGGGCUCGGCCUCGGUACCAACGUCAGCAGCAACUUCAGUAUCGUCUCCCUCGCCACGGUCAUCCGCUGGAACUACGGCCCUGCAGGCCAUCCCGGGAGCCGGAGGACUUGGAUUGGCAACUAGAAAUCCCGAAUUUGCUUCGACGGAUGAUCUAUCACUUCAGGCUGGACAUUCACCACAAUCGCGGCAAUCCCUCAGGAGUUUCACCAGCGAAGGCGACAACCCUCAAAUCAACACCGCGGCCCAGACGGUAUUGAGCGAAAAGAAACCGGCCAAGAAGUGGCAAAUCAUUGCCAGGCGAAAGGUGUGGGGUGUGGUGCCAUGCUGGGCUCUCACAAUCACGCUCAUAAUCAUUGUAAUGUUGGCAAUUGUAUUGGGAACGGUAUUGGGCAUCUUCUUCAACAAACCGAAGAAGCCGCCGCCGCCCAGCGAUAGUUCGUCCGCUACCAUGACUUACGAUGCGUCACCGUUAUCUACGGUGCCUGCUGAUCUAGCAGCUUUGCCCAGCGGCGAGUUCGCUUUGCCAUUGAUGCUCACACGAUCACCAACAACUUGUUUCAAUGAUAGUACACAAGCACAAGCUUGGAAUUGCAAUCAGGUUUUUGCACAACUGAGCCUGCAUAUCGACAAGCUCUCCGAGACUCCUAGCACUUCGCAAUACUCCAUGAGUCUCCACUAUAAUGAGUCGUUCACAAUCGAGAGCGACGAGUACUCUUAUGGCAUGCAGCCUCCCAAAGUUAAUGACGUCACAAUGCUAUUGGUCACAGAUGUCAAUGAGCCCACGCGUGGGCCAGCUUGGGCAUUCGAGGUGGCAUACAACAAGACUGUGAUUAUUCCUGAAGGUUUAUUCCCGGGCUCUUCCUCAAGUUCCAGUUCCAAGAGAGGCAGUCCUCCACCUCCGCCGCCUGGAGGUGGAGGUGGAGGCUUUCCCGGUGGAGAUUUCAAGCGAAAGGGGUUGGCUCAGUCGGGCGACAAGCCAUGGAUAUGCUCAUGGGAUGGUACAAUCCUCGAGGUUUUUGUCUACCCAAAUCAAAACAACAGCCAACCGUCUCUGGUAUUUCCGGAUUCGGGUCCCUCUUUUACUGGCGGUACAACCACUGCUACAGUAACCAGCACCGCUUCGUCCAGCACUGCUACGUCAAUCAGCACAGAUGACGACGAUAGCGAAUCCGCUGACUACAGAAAUCAAUACACGUCGCAUCAUCGGAGACAAGCUUCAGCGAGCCCGUCUGCAACCACGACAACAUCAACGAGCGCGACAAGCACUAUUUCGUCGUCUGGUGUUUUUGACACAUCGGUGCCUAGCCCCAGCGAUUUCCAGGUUCCCUUCUUUCCCCGAGUUGUCAAGAUGGAAGAGCGGCGGCUCGCUGGCAGCCCAUCGGUUCAGCCAUAUUGUCGCCAGUAUCAAAUCAACAGCAAUGGUCCGGCUACCCCACUCACAGACUCAAAUGGUCAUCCAAUCGAAGUCAAGAUUGUGGAGAUCGAGCCUGACGAGGAUGAGUCCUCCCACGAGCGAAAGAGCUCUCGGAGAGAAAGGCUAGUGCAGAGAAAGGUAAUUGACGACUAUCUCAACAACGGCGUCAAGCCUCGCGACUCGGACAGCGACAUGAGCAAUUGCGGUUGCAUGUGGUGGGCCACGUAG